UCAUUCCUUUGUACAAACCUCAAAAAAUCAAAAUCAUUGUUACUCUCAUUACAAAAGUCAGUUGCGAGGUACAGCAGAAACAAAUCAAUGGCUAAAGCAAUGGCAGCUCUCUCUCUUUUGCUCCUACUACUUUACCUCAGCUCAGGGGGGGAUUCGGUCAUGGCUAAUGAACAGAAAACUUGGUGUGUGGCCAAGCCAUCGUCAGACCAAGCAACUUUACUAGCGAAUAUCAACUACGCAUGCGCUCACGUGGAUUGCCGGAUUCUACAAAAGGGUUGCCCUUGCUUCUCUCCAGAUAGUCUCAUAAACCAUGCAUCCAUAGCCAUGAAUCUGUAUUACCAAUGUAAGGGAAGGAACCACUGGAAUUGCGAUUUCAGGAACUCUGGCCUCAUUGUCGUGACUGAUCCAAGUUAUAGUAACUGCAUCUAUGCCUAAUCCUUGGUCCAGGAAGUAGCGUUUAGCCAAUUAGAAGUUACAAUGGUGGUGCCUUUUCUUUUCUUGUUUGAACUUGUAAUUCUCAUUUGCUGCUACUGGCAAUAUAUGUAUUGCUGCAAAGAAGCAACAGAAUUAAAUCUGAUAUACUUUUUUUCCCAA